AUGUCGAACGUCUCUAUCCCAAAGACCCAGGUCGCCGCAGUCGUUCCCGCCCCGGGCGCCGCCGUCGAGAUUCGGACCGACUACCCCGUCCGUCAGCCAUCCGAGCUCGAGCCAGGCGAGUGCCUCGUUAAGCUCACCUACACCGGUGUCUGCCACACCGACCUUCACGCAAAGAAGCACGACUGGCCCGUCAAGCCUAAGAAUCCGCUCGUCGGCGGCCACGAGGGCGUUGGCGUCAUUGUCGCCAUCGGCGAGCACACCGCGCACUCCCCCGUUAAGGUCGGUCAGCGCGUCGGCAUCAAGUGGCUCGCCGAUUCG